AUGGAAAACAAGUCAAGGUCUCGCAAACGCCUGGUCAUCCCCGAGACCAGUUCAGAGUCUUCGCGCUCGUGUAGCAGAUCGAGCAGCCGGUCGAGGCGUCACAGGAGAGCAACGCCGCGUAAGCGAUCGCGACGGAGCGGAAGAUUUCAAGAGAAUAGUUGCCGCCGAAGGGUUCGGGGUGGCACACACACAUUGAACGCAAGUCUGACGCCGUCGCCGUCAAUUAGUCGCUCCAAUGACGGUACUUCUGGUACAGCAGGUACGUCAGAGAAUGCAAUUAUUUCUACACUUCUUGAGUUUAUGCAAAGUCUAAAAAGGGACAAUAAUAGUGAACGCUUUCCCGUGAUGAAUGUGAUUCCUGAGUUUGAUCCAUCCAAACGAAAUCAAACAAUUCACACGUGGAUCUCAAAAGUUAACGAAUGCGCUUCCAUUUAUGGAUGGACAGACAAACAAAUAGCUUACUAUGCGUUACCCAAGUUAGUAGGAUUGGCUCAACGAUGGUAUCAAGGGUUACCAAGUGUAAAAUUUUCAUGGUCAGAAUGGGAAAAUAAAUUAGCUUUAGCAUUCCCAAGUGAAGAAAACUUCGGACAGUUGUUAACGGAAAUGCUUGCUUGCAAGGCACGUUUUAAUGAUUCAUUAGAAGAAUAUUUUUACGAUAAAAUGGUUCUAUUAAAUAGAUGUAAAAUAAGUGGAAAAGAUGCAAUUGACUGUAUCUUAUUUGGAAUUGAAGACAGGUCCGUCCGAACUAGCGCAGAAGCAGCUCAGUUCAGAGAACCUGAUAAAUUGUUAGUAUAUUUAAGAAAUGUCAAAGCUAAUAAACGACUAGAAAAAUCAAACAUAACCUUGCAAGCGAGUACUUCAGAUAAACGUGUUAAGCAAAUAGGUCAGAGUAGUGUUCCUAGGUGUUAUAAUUGUGGGGAGGAAGGCCAUCCAUAUUUUAGAUGUAAACAACCCAUUAAAAAGUGUGAAAUUUGUCACAGGAUAGGUCAUGUAGGUAGCAACUGUGCUAUCAAAACUAAGGGUAGUUCAACUCGCUCUGAUACCACGAAUAAUAAAUCUGUUUCGUGUGUAUAUCAAAAUCAAAACAGUGACGAAAAGUACUAUAAAAACGCUGUUGUUGAUUUAAAUUGCUUUAUUGACUUUGGAAGCCAGUGUACGAUGCUCAAAGAAUCCGUUGCUAAAUGUUUAGGUACAACUUGGUCGACUAAUGAUUUGCCAGUUUUGAGAGGGUUCGGUAACUCUCUAGUAAAUUGUUUAGGUAAAUGCUCACUUUCUAUAAAAGUAGAUUCUGUUAGUGCUCAAGUAGAUGUGCUCAUCGUACCUGACAGUUAUUUGCGCGAAUCCUUAUUAAUCGGACAAACAUUUACGGAACAAGAUCACGUCGUAGUAUACAAAACUAAAAAUGAAUUGAAAUUGUUAGAUAAAUGUACACAACUAAAAGAUAAAAUUCUGGUAUUUGUUUCCGAAUUGGUGACAGUCAAAGAUCUUACAGAGAUUAAUGUUCAUUCUGUACCUGUGCAUGAUGGGGACAUAUUGGUGGAGUCAAGCGUUAAUCAGCAAAAAAAAUAUCAAUUAAUAGAGUGCAUUACUAAACUGCAAAACGGUAAGGGUAAAUUGAUUGUAAAGAGCCUUGACCAAUCAGGCGUUGAGUUACAAAAAAACACCUUAUUGGUUCGAGCUCAACCAUGUAAAGAAAUUAAAACUUUACUAAUAAAUAGAAUCGGAACUGACACUAAAUCUCCCCCAGCUAUUAUUACAAAGAAAAUGAUUAAUACCAGUGAAAGUUUUGAUAAGACAGAAGAAUUAGCUAGUCUGUUGAAUCAAUAUAGGGAUUGUUUCGCUUUCCAAGUUAAAGAACUAGGUUGUGUAGCAGGGGUGGAAAUGAACAUUAAUCUAAAAGACUUUACACCAGUAGUAUACCGACCUUACCGCCUAUCUUAUUCGGAGCGAGAAGUAGUCCGGGAUAUGGUUAAUGAUCUAAAAGAGUCUGGAAUCAUAAGAGACUCUAAAUCAGAAUAUGCUUCCCCUAUUUUAUUAGUUAAAAAGAAAACUGGAGAUUAUCGGCUAUGCGUUGAUUUUAGGAAUUUAAAUAAGAAAACCAUUAAAGAGCAUUAUCCUUUACCGCGAAUAGACGAUCAAUUAGACAAUUUGUCCGGUUAUAAGUACUAUACUACAUUAGAUCUUGCCUCUGGUUAUUAUCAGAUCCCUAUGUCCGAAACCUCAAAGUAUCUUACCGCUUUCAUUACGCCUGAUGGGCAUUUUGAAUUUAACAGAAUGCCAUUCGGUUUAGCCAAUGCGCCGUCUACCUUUCAAAGAGCAAUUAAUAACAUUUUAGGAAACGCUAGGUUUAAAGAAGCCUUCGCAUAUAUGGAUGAUGUUAUUAUUCCAUCAAAAACUAUAGAGGAAGGUUUUCAGCGUUUAAUUAGUACAUUAGAACUAUUUCGUAAAGCUGGGUUAACACUCAAACUUUCAAAAUGUAAUUUCUUUAAAGAGUCCAUAGAUUACUUAGGUUUUGAAGUUUGUGAAAAUGGUAUUAGACCAGGCAAAAAUAAAAUUGCAGCCGUAGAGAAUUUCCCUGUACCAACCGAUCAACAUAAACUAAGACAGUUUCUCGGGCUUGCUAGCUUUUUCAGGAGGUUUAUCAGAGGGUUUUCAAUGAUUGCCCAACCUUUAACUAGACUUCUAAAAAAAGAAGUUAAGUGGCAAUGGGGUGAUAGUGAAUCAAACGCGUUUCAAACAUUAAAACGAGAAUUAGUUCAACGACCGGUACUAACAUUCUACAAUCCUGAAUAUGAAACCCAAUUGUAUACGGAUGCAUCAAAGAAUGGAAUAGCGGGUAUAUUACUUCAGAGACCAAAUAAAGAGUCCCCUUUCAGUGCUGUCGCUUAUUAUAGCAGACAGACAUCCCCAGAAGAGAGUCGCUUCACUUCCUAUGAUUUGGAAACGUUAGCUGUGGUAGCUUCGAUGCAACGCUUUAGGGUGUAUUUGUUAGGGGUACCAUUCACGGUUGUUACAGACUGCAAUUCUCUCCGCGCUACGUUUGAGAAAAAGGAUAUGUUACCUAGGGUUGCUAGAUGGUGGGGAACAAUGCAAGAAUAUGAUUUUAAUAUUAUUUACAAACCAGGUGCUACUAUGGGUCACGUCGAUGCUCUCAGUCGGAAUCCCAUAGCAGAUAAAGAAGUUUUGGAUAUUUUGAACAUAGAUUCAAAUUGGAUAGUAACAGUGCAGCAAAGUGAUCCGGAAUUACAGCGUAUCGUUGAGCGGUAUAACAGGACAGUGUUAGCGGCUCUCUCAGCUAGCAAUCACGGUAAAUCUGAAUCUCUGUGGGAUGAAUGCGUGUCUGAAAUACAAUGGGGCCUAAAUAAUACGCUUAACAAAGGUAUAGGGAAAACGCCAGCUCAAGCACUUUUUGGAACAAACCUUGUAGGAACUUCUGACUCUUUGCUAAAUAUUCUUGAUGAGGGCACGAUUAGCGUGGAUGAAAUACAUAAAAAUAACGAUCGAAUCGAUGGUUUGGGAAAUGUACGAACCGAUAGUUUAAAAACCGUUAGGGACGAGAUAUCUGAAUAUGUCACUAAAAAUCAAUGUAAGCAAAAGGAACGUUAUGACAAGAAAAGAACUAAAGCUCAGUUUAAUUUAGGUGAUUUAGUAAGAGUCGAAAGGGAUGUUCCAUCAACUGGUGGAAGUAGAAAGUUAAUUUCUAAAAUCCGUGGUCCUUAUCGAAUAACUGAAGUCCUCCCAAACGAUAGGUAUAUAGUAGAAGACACCCCGCUAUCUCGAAAAGGUAACAGGAGUUUUAAAGGCACAUUCCCUGUGGAUAAAAUUCACACUUGCAACGUUCAGCAAAGUUGGAAACUUGGAUCCAUUAUGUUAGAGAAAAAGGUUAAAGAACUAGAGAGUGAUGGCUUCCAGUUUUAUCCUGAUAAAACACGCGAACUGUGCUACAGUAGAUACUAG